ACAUCAGAUAUAUAUAUAAAGGAGGACAGAUAAAUUGGUGCAACUCAGAACUGGUACACAGUCAACGCUCACAGACUACUUUACUGCACUCUCAAACAUUGAAGAAAAAUGAAGACUCUAGUUCUGACUCUGGUUCUUGCCUUGAUGCUGAUGAGUGGUUCUGCUCUGAAAUGCAACCACUGUAUUUCACGUAAUGGUGUCAGAUGUACUACCACUACUGAAACCUGCGGCUAUAAGCAAGACGCCUGUGUCUCUGCUUUCUUCGUCAUGCCCACUUCCUCUUCGUAUUUCAGGAGAUGCAUCAGUAUGGCAGACUGCUUCAUUCUACAGGCCAGUUCUAGCAUUCGAGCCCGAUGCUGUCAGACAGACCUCUGCAAUUAGGAAAGUGCUGGACCAUGAACACGCUUGAUCUAAAAGAUGAUCUCUUCUUUACUGCUGUUUUCUGUCCUUGUUACUUCUCAGUUAUAUAUUUGGCAUCAUCAGUAGUACUGUAUUCAGUUCAGUAUGUGGGUCUGUUUUUACUUAACCCUUAUGUUCUGCUGAGAUUCGCUUCACGUCCUCGUUGUUUGGGGUCACUGUUACCCCAGUGAUUGAAGUGAGAAUAUGAUCAAUAUAAUUAUGAAAUAAACCUUUUUUCCUGCUUAAA